AGUGUGGUAUAUGCUGGGAUCAAGAAUAUUGCAUGGGAAGUUGUGUGAUCGUACACCUCUGGAUUAGAACUAUAUAGGAAUACAUUCGUCUUUACAGUUGUUACGAGUAUGGUGAUUUUAUGAUAAUAUUGACAAAUAAUUAGAAUAACUCAGGAAGACUGUUGUUAUUUUCCUCCUGCACACCAAGCUACAAACAUGAGCAAAUACACCCAGUUCUACAACAACAACAGCGAUGUCGACGAGGGAACGGAGAGCGACCUCGGCAUGCAAGGGAGUGCUGUACUCGUCCCUGAUGAAAUCAAUAUGAAUGGUUAUGAGAAUCCUCGCUAUGAAGACGACAACCAGCCAGAUAAUAACUCAAGUGUACACCAAUGCAGCAAUGGAAAGAAUUCUGAUGGAUCUCCGAUGGAAGUGGCUGGAGAGGAGACUAGAUGGAAGAAAUCUUCAGAGGAGUGCAAAGUACCAAUCGUAGAUACAAAGGGCAGUGUACAGGUCCUUAAUAAUGGAAACAAACAAAUACCUCUGACAGAUUUAGCGAAAGCCCAGUUAAAAGUUAGGAGAUUUGUAGAGCAUUUAGCAGUGAGAUUAAUUGGAGUAGUAUUAGUAUUUGUGGAUAUCAUCAUCGUCAUUGUUGAUAUCAUCAUCGACCCUAAACAAGAAGCACCUCUUGAGAUUUAUGAUAUCUUCUCACUAUGUAUCUGGUUCUACUUUUUCAUUGAAAUAUGCCUAAGGAUCUUUGCUAAAGGGUCAGAAUUUUUUCACAAUAAACUGGACUUACUAGAUCUAGCUAUAGUAGUCAUCACUGGAUCAGUAACAUGGACCUAUGUCAUAGCAGACUUCACAGGAGCUAACUCGGACGUAGGAAAAAUUAUCAUGGUGUGUCGUGUACUAAGAGUGGUGAUGUUUGGCAGACUUAUUAGUGAAAGAAGGCAUGUUGCAAAAGCCUCGAGGAAGUUGGUUUCUGAAAAUAAAAGAAGAUAUUUGCAAGAUGGCUUUGAUCUCGAUCUAACUUAUGUAACUGAUCGAAUCAUAGCAUCAUCGUUUCCUUCAUCUGGAAAACAGUCAAUCUAUAGGAACCCAAUAUCUGAAGUAUCACGAUUUCUAAACACAAAGCAUCCAGACCAUUAUAAAGUCUUCAAUCUCUGUAGUGAGAGACAUUAUGAUGAAUCUUACUUCAAUCAUCAGGUCAUCAGAGUUCAAACAGAUGAUCACAAUGUACCUAAACUAGAAGAAUUGUUAAGAUUCAGUAAGAUUGCUAAAGAAUGGAUGGAAGCAGAUCCUAAGAAUGUCAUCUUUAUUCACUGUAAAGGAGGAAAGGGUCGAACAGGAACGGCAGUGUGCACGUGGUUACUAGAGAGCGAGGCGUUUCAUACAGCAAAGGAAAGCCUAGAUUUCUUUGGAAGCAGAAGAACUGAUUUAGAUGAAGGAGAUAAAUUCCAAGGAGUUCAAACGCCAAGCCAGAGUCGCUAUGUCCAUUACUUUGAACAAGUAAAAUUCAAAUAUGAAGGAAGAAUCCCUGAACCAAAGGAUCUUAUUAUAGAGAAUAUCAGGAUAAGAAAUCUAGCCGGUUUAGGUAAAGGAGAUGGCAGGGAUCUUUAUUUUGAAAUCAUCACAAACAACAUGAAGGUCUUUGAUGGCAGAUUUGAAAAUGGACUCAAUUGUCAGAGUAUAUAUGAUCAUUCUUCUGACACGCUAUCAGCUCGUAUCACGCACUGUCCUCUACUUCAUGGUGAUGUCAAAAUCAGAUUCAAAUCAACAAGCAGGAAAGUACCUGAGGACUAUGAUAAUUGUGCUUUCUUCUUCUGGUUCCAUACAGCGUUCAUCACAGAUAACAGGUUUUUUCUACCCCGGGAUGAGCUUGAUAAUCCUCACAAGAGUAAAGCAAAGAAGAUAUACAGCGAUUUAUUCAGUGUUGAACUACAUUUCAGUGACAUAAAGACAGAAUCUAUUGCAUGAACAGUCAUCAUCAUAGGUCUAUAAUUUUUUUCUGUAGAUAGGAUAUAAUCUUGUUUUGUUUACAACCAUCUCCUGUUUUUUUAUAUAUACUGGCCAAGGAAAUAUCAGGAGCUCAGUAAGGCUGGCUAUCAAUUAAUAAAACUAUCACUGUAAAAAGUCUAAUCACAUUCACUAGCUUAUCCAGCAUCAACUACAUGUAUGACUAAGAAAUGUAUGGGCCCAUGCACAAGCAUUAUAGAGUCACUAUUGUCCCCAGACAAUUGGGCCCAUGAAAUGCUUUGUAGGAUCUGAUGCCUGACAUUUAUGAACACUUUUCUGAAAGAGUUUGCCAUAUUAUAAAGGGCUAAGUCUUAUUAACAUGCUUAAAAACCUGUGGCUCACCAAGUUCCUAGGGAAAAAUAACACUCUGAAAUUGUUUUCUGACAGUAUUGGCUAUGUUAUAUAGCAUAUAAUGGAUGUAUAUUAUUUGUAAAAAAAAGGGUAUUACACACUAUGCAAAUUUGUACUCAAUCAAAGAUCACAGGGUGUAUUAGGAAACAGAUCUGGGUCCCGUUUCAUAAAGCUUGUUAUAAUAACAAAAUUGCAAUAUCAGUUUGAAGCUACUGAAAUCCUGCAAUUUGAUUGGUUGAUUCAAAAUUUGUCAUAGAAAUUUUUCAUGUAUUACUGUAACAAUCAUUUAUGAAACGGGACCCAGGAGGAUCAGAGUGAUAUCAAUCUGCACUAGGAAUUAAACCUCAAACGAUGUCUGACCAAAGAGAAAAUGAACCUUUUAAUAUUCAUUCAAUUGCUAAAGUAUAGGGAUUUUACAAGUUUGAAAUUUAAAUUUUGAGUUAUCAUAUGUUUAGUAAUUAGGUAAAAGUAACUUUGAUAUUCCUUUUCAACAAUAAUGAAAGGUUUUGUAUGAUAGGAAUUUUGGGUAGCAUUUCAUGAAGAGUUUAGUCAGUGAUUUGCACUGAUUAACGUACUCUCAGCUAAUCAGAUGCAAGGAUUUCCAGUAGCUUAUAACACCUGUCAGUUCAAUAUUACCAACAAAACUCUUCAUGAAACACUACCAAAGGUGAUGUUUCAGAAAAAAACUUGUUAUAUAAUAAUAACAAAUCAACAAUUUAUAUUACAACUUUAACAUCAGCAAAUUAAAUUGAAAGAUUUCAGUAGCUUUAAACUGAUAUUGCAAAUUUGUUAUAACAAGUUUUAUGAAACACUGCCCCCCAUCAAGUAUAUUUCAAAGAAAAUUCAAAAAUAUGAUUUUAUAUGAGAAAAGUUUAUGUCAAUGUGACAGAAUACCAUGUAUGUACUGAAAUACGUAAAAUUAAAUGGCAUAACAUGGGGUAAGCAUUGCUAUGAUUAUAGUGACAAGUGUUUUAAGAUAGAUCAUUAUAACAGUUCUUAUAUUUUUUAGAAGUAUGAUAAACGUAAGUUAUAUUAUUUGUGUAUAUGACAUUCAACAGGACCAUUGUGAAUAUGUAUUAUAGAUAGAAGAGUUUUUAUCAAUGAAUUUGAAGUGUGUGCUUAAUUAUAAGCUUGAUCAAGAAUUAUUUUAAUUGUGCAAUAAAUGUUAUUUUCAUAUUUUCAAUGGAUAAUAGUAUUCUAACUGAAAGAUACAAAUUAAUUCUUAUUUAUUGUAUCAUCCAAAUACAUUCACUUAUAUCUAAAUACCUAAUAUAUUUUUUAAAAAUAUGGUUUGUGUCAAUUAAUAUUACAAUAUAUGUGAUUUUUACAAGUGAAAAUUAAGUCCAUUAAUCUAGUUGUAUAUACAUCUAUUUAUCAAAUUUGUACAAUUGGCAGAAUUAAAAACUGUGUCACAUUCAGCAACUCAUCACACAGAUAAUUAGAUUAAAUGCAGCUAACUCUAAGAAAUGAUGAAAAGAAAACGGAAAACCAAGCUUCUGCCAGCAAUUUAUAUCUUGUUUAAGCUAUGAAAAAACAAAAAGUAAUAAUAAUGUGCACUUAUUGGUUAGAUAAAUAUAUCUCAGAAAUCUUAUGUUGAGAUCACAUGUUUAAUUGUAAGCAAACGUGUAAAAGAUUCAUUUGAAGAAAAAAUCUUGAAUUAUUAAAAUAAAACUGAUAUGAAUAAAACAAAUUAAAGUAGGCAUGUAACAGCCAAAUAAAUCUUACUGCUGCCAAUGCUGCUAUUCUUUGUCAUGAAAGUUAUCACUCCUUCAGCAAUGUUAUUAUUGAAGUUCUGAAUGAAUCAAUUAACUAAUAUGAAAUGAAACUUUAAAAAUUAUUUUAAAAUUCCUGAAAUCUUGCCAAUACUUCCAUUAUAUUUGUCACAAGAGAAUUGCACAUGUUGAAUUAUAUUUGAAAAUGUAACUUGUAAUUGUCUUCCCAUUUGUAUUAAUAAUUGUAUUAAAUUUCCAACUUUCAGAUAAGAAAACUGGAG